UGGCCGGCCGCCGCGCCGGUGGGAUCCCGAACUUGGCGAGUCUGGGGCCGCUGCUGGACGCGGUAGCCGUCGCGCCGCCGCUGGACCAUGGUGUUCUACUUCAGCAGCCACGGCGUUAAUUCAUCUGCUUACACUAUUUACAUGGGAAAGGAUAAAUAUGAAAAUGAAGAUCUAAUAAAGUACGGCUGGCCUGAAGAUAUUUGGUUUCAUGUGGACAAACUCUCUUCGGCUCAUGUGUACCUUCGAUUACAUAAGGGAGAGAAGAUAGAAGACAUUCCAAAGGAGGUGCUCAUGGACUGUGCCCACCUUGUAAAGGCCAAUAGCAUUCAAGGCUGCAAGAUGAAUACUGUUAAUGUGGUGUACACACCUUGGUCCAACCUGAAGAAAACAGCUGACAUGGACGUGGGGCAGACAGGCUUUCACAGGCAGAAGGAUGUAAAAAUUGUGACAGUGGAAAAGAAAGUGAAUGAGAUCCUGAACCGAUUAGAAAAGACUAAAACAGAGCGGUUCCCCGACCUGGCAGCAGAGAAGGAAUGCAGAGACCGUGAAGAGAGGAAUGAGAAGAAAGCCCAGAUUCAGGAAAUGAAAAGGAGAGAAAAGGAAGAAAUGAAGAAGAAGCGGGAAAUGGAUGAACUGAGCUUUCUGUUCCGUGAUGCAGAGAGGAGGACUGAAUGGGCUGCAAGGAGGGAUAGGGGGAGCUAUUCAUCACUAAUGAAAGUUGAGAAUAUGUCUUCAAAUCAGGAUGGCAACGAUUCAGAUGAAUUCAUGUAAAAGGAGAAAAGGACAUUUGAAAGAUGCAAUGUAGAGACAGUUGCAGAUCUUUUGAUUUCAUCUGUGUUCUGAAUUAUAAAAACAACCAAAAUUCUACCUUCAUUCUGCACAGAUGUUAUUAAUUUUGGAAAUUUAAAAAAAUUGUUCCUUUUUUUGCUGACAGAAAAGGAUCAGCUAGCUAUGUAUCGUAUAGUUGAACUUGAAGUCAGUGUAUUAUUUUAGGAAAGCGGAAAUCUUUUUGCCAGAACAUGUCUUGGUACCUCAUGUGAGCUGGCUGCCCUUCUCCUUGAGAUAGACUGCAGAAUGAACCAAAAGUAUUCCUGUCGCUGUGGUCUGUCCCUGAGAACAGAUGUCUUGAAAUGCUUUUCAUAUUCUUAAAAUAUCUUCACUUCUGUUAAGAAGAAUGUUUUGGUGGGCAGUAUACAUGAAUAUUCCCCCAUCCUGAUUUUCUGAUUAGAAGAAAAAGCAUAUGGGUUUUGAAGAUGAGAGUGUUAUUUUUUGGAAGAUUGCUGGCUCCAGUACUCACGUUGCACUGUGUCGUGUGAGGCUGUUCACCUAGUGCUCUCUGUUCUCCGCUUGUCCCAGCUCCUGCGUCCUUGCUGUCUUGGAGUGGGGGCCUCCGUCUUUAGUAUCAUCAUAUUUAAAGAAAUAGUUGGUGUUAAUCAAGGUUGGGCUUUGUGGUAGUUGUUCCCUGAGCACCAAGUAAGCCAAGCCACGUAUAUGACAACUUCCAAAUUCUAGAGUCCUUUGUCAAUACUGAGGGAGAAAUAGGAAGGGGUACUCUGUGCAUCAUUUGGAAGACUUAGGUGACCUGAUUUUUGUUUUGGGAUACAGCAUGAAGCAGAAGUCCAUGUUGCAGUUAUGAUUUUAGAAAGAAUUAAGCACUUCACUAGCCAGCCAAGUAAUGUUUCCUUACCUUGAAAUAGCAUUUAUUUUGAGUUGAAACCCCUGAGUUAAGGUUUCUUAAUUGUGGACUCAGUAACUUAAUAUGUAGCAUUAUUGUUCUUUUGAACCACCUGCUAUCCAGUGUGACUCUGAGUAGAAGAUAUGUUUUAUUUUAGCAUUUUGGGCAAUACUUAUGGGAAGGAACAAGACAAAGCAAUGAGAGAGAAAGAGCACAAAGCCGCGGGACAGGAGGCACACACGUUCACACGUUAGCCGCACCCAGAACUCCGCAUGCAGUGUUGUUCUUUAGUAUAUUCUAACCUAGCAAAAGUGAUCUCCUCCAGCAGAUAUUCUACCUGUAAUAGCACUUUGGAGCUGUGGGUAAAACCAAAAGACUAGUGUUUCUGUUUAUGCCAAAUUUGUGUGUGGGGUUAAACUGGAAAAUUCUCUGAGGCAUGAAUUGUUGGCCAGAUUUUGAAGGGGUGUGGAAGAUGACUAUAGAGAUUGGUGAUUUUGUGUGUCUGUGUCUAAUGCUGUUCAACCUAGAGUUCUGAGAUUUAAAAAAUGAUAAUAAAGUAUUGUUUUUUAUCUGGAAGGA